GAAGAACGUCAGCUGUCAGUUCUUCAACAACAAAUAAAAAUUUAAUUUUUGGGAAAUCCGGAAAACGAAUCUUAAAUCAUCCAGAAAAGUGCCAGGAAUUAAUUAAUUAUGGCGGGUUUUCCGGGCAGUAUUGCCUUCGACGAGUACGGCAGGCCCUUUAUCAUCCUGCGGGAUCAGGACAAACAAAAAAGACUGACCGGAAUCGACGCCCUAAAGAGUCACAUUUUGGCUGCUAGGCAAAUUGCAAACACUGUGAAGACUUCUUUGGGGCCCAAAGGGCUCGAUAAAAUGAUGGUUUCUCCUGACGGUGACGUUACCGUAACCAACGACGGAGCCACUAUCUUAAAAAUGAUGGACAUCGAACACGAAAUUGGCAAACUUCUGGUAGAAUUAUCCCAAUCCCAAGACGACGAAAUCGGCGACGGUACCACCGGAGUCGUAGUACUCGCUGGGGCUUUGCUAGAGCAAGCAGCCAGUCUAGUAGACCGCGGUAUCCACCCCAUAAGAAUAGCCGACGGUUUCGAAAUGGCCUGCCAAACUGCCGUAGCUCAUUUGGAAAAAAUCGCCGAACUUUUCCCGGUUUCCGCCACCAACUCCGAGCCUCUUAUACAAGUCGCGAUGACCACUUUAGGUUCAAAAAUCAUCAACAAGUGUCACAGACAAAUGGCCGAAAUCGCAGUCAACGCUGUGCUAGCUGUGGCCGAUUUGGAACAGAAAGAUGUCAAUUUUGAGCUGAUUAAAGUCGAAGGCAAAGUGGGUGGCAAAUUGGAAGACACUGUAUUAGUUAAGGGAGUGGUUAUCGACAAGACAAUGUCGCACUCGCAAAUGCCCAAGGAGCUGAAAGAUGUUAAAUUGGCCAUUUUAACUUGCGCGUUUGAACCACCAAAACCUAAAACCAAGCAUAAGUUGGAUGUUGGUGAUGUUGCCGCCUACAAAGAGUUGAGACAAUACGAACAGGAAAAAUUCAAAGAGAUGGUUAAUUUGGUGAAAAAUGCUGGAGCUACAUUGGCAAUUUGCCAAUGGGGCUUUGACGAUGAAGCCAACCAUCUUCUUUUGCAACAACAAUUACCGGCUGUCCGUUGGGUAGGAGGUCCAGAAAUUGAAUUGAUCGCUAUCGCCACUGGAGGGCGCAUCGUGCCGCGAUUCGAAGAAUUGAGCCCAGAAAAAUUGGGAACAGCCGGAUUAGUCCGCGAAUUGUCUUUCGGUACCACCAGCGACAAAAUGUUGGUGAUCGAAGAAUGCGCCAAUUCAAGGGCAGUAACAAUUCUAGUACGUGGAGGCAACAAAAUGUUAAUCGAAGAAGCCAAGCGUAGCUUACACGACGCCUUGUGCGUAGUCCGUAGUUUGGUGCAAGAACCCAACAUCGUCUACGGAGGAGGCGCAGCCGAAAUCGCUUGCAGUUUAGCUGUAGCGGCCCAAGCUGACCAAUUAGCUUCUUUGGAACAAUACGCUUACAGAGGCUUUGCUGAAGCUUUAGAAGCAAUUCCUUUGGCUCUAGCAGAAAACAGCGGGCUUUCAGCAAUUCACACUUUGGGCGAACUUAAAGCCAAGCAAUCGGCUAGUGGAGAUCCAGCUUUAGGUAUCGAUUGUAUGUUUACUGGAAAUAUGAAUAUGAGGGAGCAACAUGUGAUUGAAUCUCUAAAGUCUAAGAGGCAACAGCUGCUGUUGGCUACUCAGCUUGUUAAAAUGAUUUUGAAAAUUGAUGAUGUCAGGUCACCCAGCGAUCAACAAGGAUAAUAAGUUUUUCUACUAUUUUGUUCACAUUUAGGUAUUUAAGACUAGUCGCAUUUUAAAAAAAAUAAAGUCUGUAUUUUGCUGUUUGGCAGGUUUUUCCAGUUUUAAUCAUUUUUACAUUAAUUUCGUUUUCGUUGUGCACUGAAGUCAUUAUUAGCUUUUUAUUAAAACCAUAAUAUUAAUAAAUAAGUAGCCUUCUAAUUUCCUAA